GAAAAUAAGAAAAUUAUUCAGUUUUAUUGAGAUGUAAUCGGAUUGAUAAUCAUUUAUUUUGCAAUAACAAGACUAUUACGUCCAAAGAGUAGAGAUAAAUAUAAAUUCAUUCAAUUCAUUGGAUACAAAAUGAUCAAAUCUUCACUUCAGCCAAAAUGAAACUCAUAACUUCGUAUAUUUGUGACAAGAGAUAUUGCCUAUUUAAAACCUUGCUGGCAUAUUUGACAUUUUUUUGUUUGGGGUCAGCUUUGAAUCUUCUUGGUUCCAGUUUACUUGAUUUACAAAUACGUUUUGGUGUCGAUUUUGCCACAGUUUCAUAUUUGAUUCCCUUUCGUAGCGCUGGUCACAUACUUGGUUCAACUUCUUCUGGAUUUUUUGACCAGAGGUACGAUCGAUCUCUCGUCCUUUCCGUUUGCAAUUUGAUUUCUGGUAUCUUUCUUGGUGCUGCUCCAAACUUCUUCCGAUUUGAAUAUGCUGCCUGUUGUCUAUUCAUUGCUGGUAUGGCUCAGGGUAUCAUUGACGUCCUCUGUAAUACAUUGAUUGCCGACACAUGGAAGGAUAAAUGUACAAAUUGGCUACAAGCGUUACACAUGUCGUUGGGAAUCGGUUCACUAUUUACUCCAGUCAUAUGUCGACCGUUCUUAAUACCAGAGGAAGGAGAAACAAGUGUUCAAAGUGCCUUAAAUGAAACUCUUGAAAGCCCCAUAAUUGAAUUGAUUGGUAUCAAACCAACUGCAAGUGAUGUGAAAGCACAAUAUGCUUUCGUGAUUAUUGGUGCAAUUUCAGUUAUAAUUUCAUUACCAUUCGCAUUUAUAUAUUUGAAGGAGAGAAGCAAUCAAAGCAAAAACACAAACAUUGUACAAAAAAGUUCAGAAACUGGAAAAGGAUGGUCUCCGUUGAAAGCUAAUGUAGGAAUAUUUCUAGUAGUGCUAAUCAGUCAUCUUUUAUACAGUUUAGAAGCAGUUAUUGGUUCCCUUGGAGCUUCAUUUUCAGUCAAAUCCGAUCUUCACACGGACAAAAAGACUGGCGUUUUAGUUGCAACCGUUUUCUGGACCUGCUUCUCCUUUUAUCGAUUAAUCUUCAUUCCAUUAACAUUUGUCGUAUCCGAAGUGAAAUUACUUUUAGUAAAUAUAUUGUUCAUGUUUCUCGGAGUUGUUAUUUGUGUUCUUUGGGCAAACACAAAUCAAAUGGGCAUUUGGAUUGCUUUCAUCUUCUUAGGAAUGGGUUUAUCUCCAAUAUUUUCAGCUGCAUAUGGAAUGCUAGCAAAACACAUUACAAUCACUGGGAAAAUCGCCACUCUUAUCAUCAUUCCUGGAGUUUUCGGCGAAUCAGCUCAUCCAGCACUUGCAGCGACUUUAAUGGCCAAAAAUCCAAUUUCAUUUCUUUAUUAUGUUGGGCUACUUGGCAUUAUUCUUGUCGCAACAUUUAGUCUUCUCAUUAUUUAUUGUAAAUUAGUUUUUAAAACACCUAAUACUUUACAUCGUAACAUCGAUAUAAGAUUAUCAACUCUUAGCAUAAGUCGUCAUUAAAACUGCCAUCUUAUUUAUUAA